UGUAUCCGUUUCAGAGCGCGUUCAACCGCCAACUAAGUUACAUUUUGCGAUGUCACAGAAAACAAGCAAACAGGCCAACUAUAUUCGAUGAAAAACGGAUAUUCGCUGACAGUUAAGGGCUGCUUGCAGGAUAAAUGAUAUGAGCUAAGACCGUGUUGGAGCCUUUUGAAGGGGGUCUCUGGCUAUAUUUGUGCUGCUGGGUUCUUUUGAGUGUACAGUGAACGCCACACCGUCAAGCUACAAGCCUCAUGUUUUCGUCCAGCCAAGAGGAGCACUGCGCCCCUUCCAAAGACCCUGUAAAAUACGGCGAGCUGGUCGUUUUGGGGUACAAUGGCUCCCUGCCCAAUGGAGAUCGCGGUAGACGGAAAAGCAGAUUUGCGCUAUACAAGAGGACCAAAGCCAACGGUGUUAAGCCGAGCGCUGUGCACAUCCUUAACACACCCCAAGACAGCAAGGCUGUGAACUCUAAAGGCCAGCACAGCAUCUCAUACACCCUGUCCCGCAACCAUACAGUGGUGGUGGAGUACAGCUAUGAUCAAGACACAGACAUGUUUCAGAUCGGCCGUUCCACCGAGAGUCCCAUUGACUUUGUGGUGACGGACACAAUAGCGGGAGGCCAGGAGGGCGAGGAGACUCCCAUCACACAGAGCACCAUCUCACGUUUCGCCUGCCGGGUCGUCUGUGAGCGUAACCCGCCUUACACCGCUCGUAUCUACGCAGCCGGGUUUGACUCUUCCAAGAAUAUCUUCCUCGGGGAAAAAGCUGCAAAGUGGAAGAACCCUGAUGGUCACAUGGAUGGCCUGACGACCAAUGGCGUGCUAGUGAUGCACCCCAAAGGAGGCUUCACGGAGGAAUCCAAGCCUGGCGUAUGGCGGGAGAUUUCUGUGUGUGGGGAUGUUUACACCCUGAGAGAGACACGCUCUGCACAGACUCCGGGCAAACUGGUGGAGAACGAGAGUAACGUACUGCAGGAUGGCUCCCUGGUGGACUUGUGCGGGGCGACCUUAUUGUGGCGCACCGCCGAAGGCCUCUUCCACACUCCCACCCAAAAGCACCUGGAGGCCCUCCGACAGGAGAUCAACGCGGCACGGCCCCAAUGCCCCGUCGGUCUGAACACCCUCGCCUUCCCCAGCAUGCAGCGCAGCCGCGCCCUCUCCUGCCUGGAGGACAAGCAGCCGUGGGUCUACUUGGCGUGCGGCCACGUGCACGGUUACCACAAUUGGGGUCAUCGGUCAGAGCAGGAGCCCAACACCCAACGAGAGUGCCCCAUGUGCAGGAUGGUCGGCCCCUACGUGCCGCUCUGGCUUGGCUGCGAGCCCGCAUUCUACGUGGACACGGGCGCCCCCACGCACGCCUUUGUGCCGUGCGGACACGUGUGCUCGGAGAAGUCGGUUAAGUACUGGUCGGAGAUCCCUCUGCCUCACGGCACCCACGCCUUCCACGCCGCCUGCCCCUUCUGCGCCACCCAGCUCAGCCUCACGCAGGGAUGCUCCAAGCUCAUCUUCCAAGGCCCGGUGGACUGAGAUCUCGGAGGAGACACAACAUGCUGUGAAACUGCUGACAUGAUUUUAUUCCCUUUUCCUCACGUUUAGACCCUUUGUGGGAAGCUCAGGUGGUCACAAUAGUUUGGAUUCUACACGCUGUCCGGAUGCUCUGUGAAGCCCCCUUGCAGAACCAAAUACUGUUUCAGCUGUCCUGCCAAGCAACCGCUUCAAAGAAGAAAAGCUACUCACAAGUUUAUGCUUUAUGUAGAAAGAAUUCACUGUUACUCUUUUUUUUAAAAACUUGACAACAAACAAGCAAGUGUAGACGAGUCUGAAGCGGGUUGGGCGUAGGUCCUGGUGGAUCAGAGAGGUUUUAAAGAGCCAGACAGCUGGACUGCUGGCUAGGAGAACCCCGAGGGCGUCUGAUGCUCCUCCGGUUGCUCCUUAUUUGGUCCUUUUUUUUUUUAACCCCUUAACGGCUUUCUAACCCCGCGGAGGUGGCUUUUCAUUUGCGUCGGAUACACAGAAAGAAUCGAGUGCCUCUAAUCCCAUGAAGCUGUGGGAACAUUUUUCACAGACGAGAGAAGGAUAUUUAGUUUGGAGGUAGAUUUCCAUAGACAGCCCACAUGGAUCUCUGUAUUUUUAUCCAACAGAAGAGCUAUUUUACUACACUGAGGCCCUCACACUGUUUUCUAAUGCAAAUCUUAAUAUAUUUUCCUGCAUAAAUAAUGUGUGAGAGAAUGUUUUGAUUGUGUGUGUGCUGGACCGUGUGGGUGCCGUCGGGCUUAAUAGAAGAAGAAAAAAAUGCCCUGCAUCAUUUCACCCCAAAUAUGCUCCCCUAUGAUCUCUCAGCCCAGCAGCCAAAAGGACUAGACUUAGAACCUUGCAGGGCUUGACAAUGAUUGUACUUGGAUUACAGCCUAUUGAUAACGUAGACUAGAUAAGACCGGAGCUGUUUUUGUAGUGAGACUUUCUAAUGAGCAUAUAUGCAUCACCGCUAACGCCGUCUCAGUCCCACGCGUGUGUGUACUGUAUUGCCGUCUGCACCGUCGUUGGCUUUAUCUCGCUCUGGCUCUGCUCCAGCCUGCCUGCCGCCGCCCGUGCGCCAAGAAACCUGGGCAUCGCCUCAGCAGCGUGCAGAGAUUAUACCAAAUAUAAGGAGGAGCUAUUUUCCUCUCCUCACGCAAGAUGCAAGCUAGUUGCUGGUUCCGUAAACAAUCCCUAAACCCGAACUGCUGUUCCGGCGGAAUGUUGACAGCUUUUGGAUUCCAGUUGCAUGCACCAGCUCCAUGGGGAAUAAUGAUAUUAUCUCACAUGAUGCCAAAUUUGUUCUUUUGUGUGCGCGGAUGAGUCAAAAACAAACUAGCGGAUGGAGUGAAAGUAUAAAAAAAAAAAAAAAAAAAAAUCGGGGACAAAUGUGUGUAUUCUUUCUGUGAUGUUAGCCUAACAGACUGUGUCCAUAUGUAGAGAAUAUUGGCAGCCAUGCGGCUUUCCUUCGCAAACAAUAGUGAGCAUUUAAAAACUGUGACUUUCUUCCAGUAGUUUUCUUCCAGAACUGUGGAUUGCUGAGGGGCACAAAUCCACCUUGAAUGGAACUUGACUCAAAAUGUUCUCCUCUUCUGAAAGAAACUUUCACAGUUGAAGCAGAGGUGGCUCAAUGUCAUCUUUUUUAUUUUAAUUUUUUUAUUAUUAUUAUUAUACGGCAGUGCAGGGUCAAACAGCAGACCAGGUACCAGCCAGUAGCAUUCCUCACCCAGACACGUUCUUUAAGAGGGAGCGUGUUCUGUAGCAGCCGCCUCAAACAUUCCUCCUUGGUAAACAUGGGUGGGGCCCUCGGUUCACUCAAGGGCCUCCUUGAAGAUUUUUUGUCUCCUACAGGAAGUGUGUACACAAGCCAUAGGACGCACUGAUACUCCUCCCAAUGCAAAGAAAAAUAAACUAUUUUUGAAAAGUAA